ACAAAAAAGGGCGUCAGCACGACAAGCAUAGGCACUUUCACGCCAGAAAAAUCAUUACCACGACUAAAUUGGAAAUUCCCGACAAUAAAAAGCUUACCCCGACAUAAAAGGUACUCCAACGACAAAAUAAUGUAUCAAACGACGAAUUAAAAAAUUCACGACAUUUUAUUGCUUUCAACUGCUAUAUAAGGCAAUGCACGACAACAUUUUUCUAUCAAAAACAGGCAUUUCACCGACAGAAAUACAUGUUUGAAAAAUAUAAAAAUUACAUGAAAAAAUAUACGAAGAAACGAAGUACAUAUCUAUUUAAAAAAUUUCCAUUUAGAGUUUAUAAAAGUAAAGCUUUCGUUGACUUCGUUGGGCGACCCUUCUUACUCUUUUGACCUAAGGGGAUACAUUUCGUAACUGCCAUACAAUGCCAUGCACGAUAAAGUUUUUCUGUCAAAAAGAUAUAUUUUAUCGACAGAAAUAAACUUUAAAAAACAUUAAAAUGAUACCAAAAAAACGAAGUAGGGAUGUAAAAAAUUGUUGUUUAGAAGUAAUGUUUUGUAGACUUUGAUGGGCGACCCGACCCCUCUUCCUCUUUUGACGUCAGGGACGAAGCGAAAAGGGGCUAAGUAGUGACAGUUUUCCCCUCUAAAAAUUCAAGAAAGUUGGGAAAAUACAAAAAUUUCAACAAUAUUUUAGUUUCACUUUUCAAAAAUUCAAAUUUUUUACAAUCAUGUGUUUAAUUAUCGUUCAUUUGCCGACAAAAUCUCCGAUUUAUCCUCAAAAUUCUUAUUUUUUCCUAAGCUUUUGCCCUCGCUUCGCUUAGGCCAAUUUGGUUCUCUUCUACUGAGUUACAAUUUCACUCAAAUUUAAAAAAAAAACUACCUAUCAGUUGAUUAUUUGUCAAAAUUUGUACAAAAUGUAAUUGGAAUUGAACUGAUAAUGUUCUGUCGUGAAUGUAAUUAUUUUGUCGUGAAUACUGCUUAUCUCGUAAUUAAAUCGUAGUCGUUCAUAAAUAUUUUAUUGUCGGGCGUCAUCUGGCGUGGAACUUCAUCAUUUUUCGUCGUUCAUUCAUCUUUUAUGAACGAAAAAAUGCUUGUCGUGAUGACGCCCUUUUUCGUCGUGCAAAAAAUAUUUCCCCUUAAAACUUAACAAAAUUCUUUUAAAUGUCUCUAUAAUAAACUCAUCAAAAGUCAAUAACAAGUUCACAAGUCACGAAUAAGAUUAUCGAAAAAAUCCCAAAAAUUAUCCAGAAAUAGGUGGGUACGUGGGUAGUAAUAAACAAGUAGAUAGGUAUAAGUUUACAUAUCGUAUUUUGAUUCAAACCUCAUUGUCCCUUAAAUUUACAAGUUGAGCAAAAAAACCAUUUGGAUGUUCUGUUCAUUCUCAUAAUCAAAAGUAUUUUAAAAUAGGAACCCCUUCAAUUGGGCAUAUGAGAAAAAUUUGUGAAAAUAUACCGAGCCAGAAAGCCAUUGGAAAUGAAAAAAUCUUCAUAAUUAAAAUUACCAAAUAACUCAUUUAACAUCGCUUGUAAACCUUCAACAGAAAUCAUCUUCAGGCAGAAAAAUAACGGCACUAGUCCCAAUAUAAUAAUAUGAAAAGAGAAAAAUGUCCAUCAAAAAGGUUCAAAAGGCUAGUUUUUAUUUUUAAAUCAUCCAGGUACGUAGGUAGGCAUCAUUGUUUUAAAAAACUCUAAAGAAAAAAAUUAUGAGUACCUAACUGUACCUAUAGAAGGUGUCCCGGCACAGAAUAACCCCCUCUUACUGGUAACAUAGACAACUUAUAUUUUUAGAACAAGUAUGCAUAAGUAUUUGCCUAACAUAAGAUUUAAAGGAGCCGAGAGUUCGUAUGUUCGCGCAAAAAUUUCUGUAUCUAGAAUUUUUUCCAUUAGUUCAAUCAUUAUGCUAGUUCAUCAGGAAGGACUACUUAUUAAUAGCAGAAUACGUAAGCAAAUUAAAUCAUUUAAAUGGAAAAUAUUUUGAAAUUAUUCUUCCAUACUCAUUUCAAAGAGACCUCUUCGAAAAACACUUUUGUUCAAUUUCUCGAAUUUCUCGGCGAAAUUUAGUUUUAUGGACUUCAGAACGGUCUUAUUGGUUUUGUCAUUUGAAAAAUAUGCCUUACUUACUACCUAGAUGAAAAAUCUGAAAAAAGUGUUCAAAAGUUUAUUAUUACCUAUUACCAUUUUUCUUUCAAAUCUCAAGAAAUUGCCUUUAUUAGUUAAGAAGUCAGAAGUGCUUGAAUUCUAAAUAAAAAAUUAAAAAAUCAGAAAAAUUUUUCCCCUUUAAAGAUUAAACAAAAUUCAUAAAAACUCGUAAGUACAUAUAAGUUAAUGUAGGUAGGUAUUAAAAAGUAAAAUGAUUGAGUCUGAACCGAUAUACCUAAUGAGAUCAAAACUCUAAUCUCAUCUGAUUAGAUAUGAUCCGAUCUAAUUGGUUCUGCAGACGAAUAUACCGGAUUGGAUCAGAUCCAAUGAGGGUUUCCUCUUGCUUAUUGGAUCUGAUCAUGGUCUGAAUCUACGUGAUGCCUGAAUCCGAUCAUCAGAUCUGGUGAAGGUAAUCUGGUCUGAGUGUAAUCAAUCAGCAAUCUGAUCACGUAUAAAAAGAUGUCCUAUCAAAACUUUUAUCUACACAGAUGAGUGAGAUGAGCAACCUAAUUAAACUCGUAAAUAGCAUAGGUACUUUAAUACUCUUACCUAUAGUUUUAGUUUUUAUUGUACAUUUGACGAUAAUUUAAGUACAUGUAUGUUUAGGUUUCGCGAUCCGAUCUUCCUCAAUUAUAUUUUUUACGGCGAUUAACUACCGCUCCUUUUAUCUACCUAAUUUGUAAUUUGAACAAAUUUAAAGAACGCCUAGGUGAAAUAUUUUUAAUGAUGCUAAUUGUAAGUAUAGGUCAUAAGUGUAUAAAAAGUCAUAAAUUCGUGAAAAUGUAAUAAUUUCUACGAAGAAGCUAUCAAAAUAUCGCAUUGAUAAGGACCGCAUCGCGUCGAUGUUUGGGUCAAGUUGAUGUAAUGGGAAUAGAUUUAGUAGGUACUUACUGCUUAAGUACACCUAUGCAUUAUAUGUAAGGCUCAGUUUUUCAAAUGAUCAUUCAAGAAAUGUAUCGGUUGAUUGUUUUCGCGUUGAUUACAACUGUCCAUUUGGUUCACGUUAUCGAGUCUUUAAUGAUCAGCAUCGACCAAGGAACAAUAAAUGGAACCUACUUGAAAGCUCGCAGUAAUAAGACAUUCAAUGCAUUUUUUAGGAUCCCGUAUGCUCAGCCUCCAGUGGGAGAUUUACGAUUCAAGCCUCCAGUAGAGGCUGAACCGUGGUCCGGAAUCAGGAACGGAUCUGUAUUCCCAUCAGAAUGUGUACAAUAUUCAAGAGAAAUUAAUGGCACCAAGGGUAGUGAAGAUUGUUUAUACUUGAAUGUCUAUACGCCUUUGGACGCUCGUGAAGGACAAAAUUUAUCGGUAAUUGUGUACAUAUACGGCGGUGUGUAUAAAUCGAGCUCUAAUUUGAUUGAUGGGCCGAAUUAUAUUAUGGAUAAGAACGUGAUCUUGGUUCAACCUAAUUACAGAGCCGGAGUAUUGGGAUUCCUGAGCACAGGAGACAUCGUGAUUCCUGGAAAUUUUGGUCUGAAAGAUCAGUUAUUGGCGCUAAAAUGGGUUCAAAAAAAUAUCUAUCAUUUCGGAGGAGAUCCAAAUAAAAUUACUUUACAAGGUCACAGUUCAGGAGGAGUUUGCGUUCAUUUACACACCUUAUCACCUUCUAGCAAAGGAUUAUUCCAAAAAGUAAUCAUACAAAGUGGCAACGGGAUGUGUGCUUUGUCGUAUUUUGGUCCUGAUGUGACUCGUGCUGUAGCUAAGGAAUUCGCAGUUCGGGCAGGAUGUCCGAGUUUUAAUUCAUCUCAGGAAAUUUACGAAUGUUUAAUGGACAUGGAAGCUGAAAAAAUGCCUUUGAUACAGGAAGAGAUGUAUAUUUGGGAUCAAGAUCCGGACGCAACAUUUAGACCAACGAUCGAAGACAUAAAUUCCGACCAAGCAUUCUUGACAGAUUUUCCACAAAAUUUGCAGUAUCAUUCUCCUGAUUUACCUUGGAUCAUCGGAAUGACCACAGGAGAGGCAGCUUUCAAAGUGGCCAGAUAUUUAGAAAAUGGUGGAGAGAGAAGUAGUCAAAUAGAUGAAAAUUAUAAGCUUCUGUUUCCUAUCAUAAUGCAGUAUUUGUGGAACACCAAAACGGACCAUUUGAAUUAUAUUUCUCUAGCCAUUCGAACGCAUUAUUUCGCCGAUCAAGGAAUAGGAGACGAGACGGCUGUAGAAUUAACUUCGAUGUUAACCGAAGGGUUAUUUGGCAUAUGCACAAUAGACACAAUAUUCAGUUAUCCGGGCCAAAAAUACGUAUAUUGGUACGACUACGUUUCAAACUAUUCGACUCAAAAUAUAAUUGGAGACUAUAACGAAUAUUUAGGAGUCAGUCAUGGAGAUGAAGUACACUUGUUAUUCUAUCGAGAUUACUCUGCAGCUGUGUUAACGGAACAAGAUGUCAUGUUCAGCGAAGAAUUGGUAAACAGAUUUGUAAACUUUAUUAACAGUGGGAAUCCAAAUCUACCUGAAGCGAUAAACAAAACCAUUAUGGGUACAUGGGAACCGAUGACGUCAAACAGGAUAGAAUAUCUAUUUAUGAAUUUGAAUGGUUCAAUGCAAACAGAUCUUUAUAAAGGGACGUAUGAUUUCUGGAAAAGUUUACCUAUCGGUAGCAAAUAUUUAUAACGAAUUAGCCAAGUGCCUAAUCGUUUGAAAAAAAUCAAAUGGAUUCUUUCUGCCAUGAAAGCACUAUCCAAAUGGGUACCUACUCACUUACGUGAGCAAUUUAUUUUGAUCAAGUAGGUAUAUUAUGAAGUUUCAACGAUGAUGAUUAUGGUUCAAAUGAUGAGUUUCCGGUGUAGGUAUAAACUGUCGAAUGGAUGACAAUAUUGAUGAAUGUAGCCGUACUUAUGGUUAAGAUAAUGGAAUAUUUUGUUAUUUUAUUAUGAAAAAAUAUUGAUAGUGAAGAAUAAAUUUGAAAAGGUUA